AUGUCGUCCGUUUCGUACGAAGAGAUGGAGGCCAAGCGCCAGGAGAUGGUUGCGUCCUUCAAGGACAUUGCUGCCGCCAUGACCCGCUGCGUCGCCAUCAUUGAGGACUAUGCCCGCCUCGCCCCUUCGACCCUCACCACCUCGGCUGCCCUCGCUGCCGUCACCGACGGUGCCCACGGCGAGACUCUCGCCACCGCCAGCGGCAAGAAGCAGCGCGCCAAGAAGGAGAAGAAGCCCAAGGACCCCAACGCCCCCAAGCGCCCGCCCUCGGCCUACCUCCUCUUCCAGAACGACGUCCGCGAGAACAUCCGUACUGCCAACCCCACUCUCCCUUACAAGGAGAUUCUCGGCGUGAUUGCUUCCCGCUGGAAGGAGCUCGACGAGCCUCAGCGCAAGGUCUACGAGCUCGCCUACAACGACGCCACCAGCCACUUCCGUCAGGCCGAGGAGGCCUACAAGAACGGUCUCCCCAUGCCCGCUCUCCCCGCCUCCCUCGUUGGUCGUAUUGGCGGCGUUGCCGGCUCCAACGUUGCCGGCAUUGUUUCAGAGGACGAGGAGGAGGAGGAGGACGAGGACGAGGACUCUGAGGAGGGAACUCCCACCAAGUCGCCUGCUGUCGCCACCCUUGCCACUCCUAACGCUGGCAAGAAGGAGAAGAAGCGCAAGAACAAGGAGGAGGACGUUGAGGCCUCGGCCGAGAAGAAGUCGAAGAAGAAGUCGACCAAGAAGGAGUAA